CUGAGGAUCCGGCUGAUGCCCGAGAGGAAAGCGGCAUUCAUGGGCAGGGAGAGCAGCUUAUCCGCGGCGAUCAGAGCCUCCCAGCCCCGCCUGCUCUUUCAGAUCUCCAGGAGAGGUAUGAGCACUUUGGAAUCUCCCACAAAUAUUCCUUCUCUCCCCCUUGAUUUCUCUGCCUGGAAUUUAACUUGGGUCAUGAAAGACUCUUCCCCUUUCUUCCCUCACAGCGGACAACAUGUGUUUGACUGCAAUUUUGAAUUGCCUUGCGAGCUGGAAUAUUCUCCUCCACUGAAGGACAAAGAAAACCACAACAGGACCUGGCACAGAGUGAGUGCAGAGGAGCUAAACUUUUUGGAUGGACCAAAGAGAGAUCACUCUGAGGAUUCACCAAGAGGUUCAUUCCUGUUCCUCAAUACAUCAGAAAGCAUGAGCCCCAUCAUCUUGAGCCCCUGGCUGAGGAGCAGUAGUGAGCAAUGCACUAUGCAGGUGUCUGUGUACAGGCAUCUCCAACAAAGCGGGGACUAUAUUGCUCGGCUUCUCCCUGCUGACGAAAGUAGCAGUGAAAUCCUGUUGGCCCCAAGUCAAGAGAAACAUGGAUGGGUGCUUCUGCAGAAGAGAGUUGGACACCUUAAGAAACCUUUUCGGAUCUCACUGGAAUAUGUUGCUAGUGGGAACAGGAGUGUAGCUGCCAUGGACUCCUUUGCAAUGAAGAACUGCAGUUCAGGAUCUUCUUCUGGCUCCAAAAUGGCCCUACAGGGUUCCUUCAACUGUUGGAAUGGCACAGUAAUCAAACUGGGGCAGGCAUGUGAUUUCAUCAGGGACUGCGCAGAGGGAGAGGACGAGGGAGAUAUGUGCAAAAAGCUCCCCCCUGGCUUUUACUGUUCGUUUGAAGAAGGGGACUGCGGCUGGACCCAGGGCUCUCCCGCCUCUCUCACUUCUCCAUGGCAGAUCGGAAACCUGGAGUACAGCCACUUCCCUUCACUGGAAGGCUCUGCCCUCUUGCUGAACACCAGUAAGGUCCCAAUGGCAGAAACAACCAUCGUGACCAGCGCUGUGUUUCCAGCUCCAAUUAGGAAUUCUCCCUGUGAGCUCCGAAUGUCAUGGCUCAUCCACGGCUUCUUGUUUGGAAAUAUUUCCCUGGUCCUUAUCGAGAACAAAACGGGGAAGGAACAGAGCAGGACGUUCUGGCACUUCACUAACAGUGAAGGUUUGGGAGUCUGGCAGUGGAUGGUUUUAUCUCUUCCUGACGUGUCAGACAGGUUUUGGUUUCAGAUCAUCACUUCAUGGGAAGAAGAAUCCGAUGCCAUUAUUGCUUUUGACAAUGUGUCUCUUAGCCUGGACUGUUAUCUAACAAUCAAUGGAGAGAAGACAUCUCGAGAUGCAGCUCCGGAUUCGAGCAAUCUAUUCAUCAAAGGAGACAGCCAGAAAAGGAUCAGAUUGGAACAAAAGAUUCUGGAGAGCCUCCAACUCAGCACUGUUCCCAUCUCUGGUCCUGCAGAUCAGUGGUUGUUCACCACAUGUGGUGCCAGUGGACCGCAGGGACCCACUCAGACCCAGUGCAACGACGCCUAUAGGAACUCCAAUCUCAGUGUUAUAGUGGGGGCUGAAGGAAUUCUUCAAGGUGUGCAGAUCUGGAGAGUGCCAGCAACCAAUACUUACAGCAUCUCAGGCUAUGGAGCAGCUGGUGGGAAAGGAGGGAAGAAUACUAUGGUGAGGUCCCAUGGUGUGUCCAUAUUGGGGAUUUUUGACCUCCAAAAGGAUGAUGCCUUAUACAUCUUGGUGGGCCAGCAAGGAGAAGAUGCCUGCCCUAGUACUAACCAUGUUAUACAGAAAGUAUGCAUUGGAGAGAAUAACGUGAUUGAAGAGGAGAUUCGAGUGAACAGGAGUGUCCAUGAAUGGGCAGGAGGAGGUGGUGGAGGGGGAGGAGCAACGUAUAUAUUUAAGAUGGAGAAUGGAGAACCAGUCCCCUUGAUAAUUGCAGCAGGAGGUGGUGGCAGGGCCUACAGGGCCAAAACAGAUACUUUUCAUCCAGAAAGGCUGGAGAAUGAUUCAUCUGUUCCAGGGCUGAAUGGAAAUUCAGGAGCUGCAGGUGGUGGAGGUGGCUGGAAUGAUAACACUUCCUUCCUGUGGUCAGGAAAGUCCUUGCUGGAAGGUGGCAAUGCUGCAGCGGACAAUGACCCAGAGAUGGAUGGGGAGGAUGGUGUGUCCUUUAUUAGUCCACUGGGUACUUUAUACACCCCCGCACUAAAAGUGACAGAGGGGCACGGAGAGGUGGCUAUUAAGCUGCACCUCAACUGCAGCCACUGUGAGCUUGAUGAGUGUCGUGUUGAUCUGGAGACUCAAAAAGUCAUUUGCUUCUGUGAGCCUGGGACAGACCUGGCUGACGAUGGUGUCUCUUGUGUAGCUGACCCCGUGGCUCAUCUCCCCCUCUCCUUGGUCUUGUCUGUAGUGACGUCAGCACUGGUGGCUGCUCUCAUUCUGGCUUUUUCCGGGAUCAUGAUAGUGUAUCGCCGGAAACACCAGGAGCUGCAAGCCAUGCAGUUGGAAUUACAGAGCCCUGAGUACAAACUGAGCAGGCUGCGCACCUCCACUAUUAUGACGGACUACAAUCCCAACUACUGCUUUGCAGGAAAGACCACCUCCAUCAGUGAUCUCAAAGAGGUGCCUCGGAAAAAUAUCUCCCUCAUAAGGGGCUUGGGCCAUGGAGCCUUUGGCGAAGUAUAUGAAGGUCAGGUGGUGGGGAUCCCCAGUGACCCCAGUCCCUUGCAGGUGGCUGUGAAGACAUUGCCAGAGAUGUGUUCAGAGCAAGAUGAGCUGGAUUUCCUCAUGGAAGCUCUUAUUAUCAGCAAGUUCAACCACCAGAACAUCGUGCGCUGUAUUGGGGUCAGCUUGCAGGCGCUGCCACGCUUCAUCCUGCUGGAGCUUAUGGCUGGAGGGGACCUGAAAUCCUUCCUGAGGGAGACACGGCCUCGACCGAGCCAGCCCUCUUCCCUUUGCAUGCUGGACUUGCUACAUGUGGCUCGCGACAUUGCAUGUGGCUGUCAGUAUUUGGAAGAAAACCACUUCAUUCACAGGGACAUUGCUGCCAGGAACUGUCUCCUUACUUGUCAAGGGCCUGGAAGAGUAGCUAAAAUUGGAGACUUUGGAAUGGCCCGGGACAUAUACAGGGCCAGCUAUUAUCGAAAGGGCGGGUGUGCCAUGCUGCCAGUCAAAUGGAUGCCACCUGAGGCCUUUAUGGAAGGAAUAUUUACAUCAAAAACUGAUACAUGGUCCUUUGGUGUGUUGCUGUGGGAGAUAUUCUCUCUUGGAUAUAUGCCUUAUCCUAGCAAAAGUAACCAGGAGGUUCUGGAGUUCGUAACAAACGGAGGAAGGAUGGAUCCACCCAAAAACUGCCCUGGCCCUGUGUAUCGUAUAAUGACCCAGUGCUGGCAGCACCAGCCUGAAGACAGGCCAAACUUUGCCAUAAUACUGGAGAGGAUUGAAUACUGCACCCAGGAUCCUGAUGUCAUCACCACCGCUUUACCUGUGGAAUAUGGCCCAUCCAUUGAGGAGGAGGAGAAGGUUCCAAUGCGCCCAGAAGACCCCAAAGCAAUCCCUCCUCUGGUGAUCUCCCCACACCAAAAGAGAGACGGUGACAAGCAGGCCCUGCCUUCUCCACCCCCUCUGCCUUCAGCCAUCACAGCUGGAAAACCUUUGGCAAAAGUGGCAGCCCCCGAGCCUCUGGUCCCUGUUAAUGUGCGACCAGCCCUAGAAGCGGGACACAUCAACAUGGCCUAUGCGCAGUCCACCCCGGCUUCUGACCUUCAGAAAGGCAGGGGGUCCAGAAAUAAGCCCACCAAUCUCUGGAAUCCAACAUAUGGCUCCUGGUUUGCAGAGAAGCCUGUCAUCAAAAACAAUUCUCUGCUGGAGAAAGAGGUGUCCGAGAGGGAGAAUUUGGGGCACGAAGGAAACUGUACUGUGGGGCCUGGUGGUGUGACUAGCAGGCUGCCAGGCUCCUCUCUGCUCUUAGAACCAUCUUCACUAACAGCCAGUGUGAAAGAAGUGCCUCUCUUUAGGCUCCGCCACUUCCCCUGUGGGAACGUCAACUAUGGAUACCAACAGCAGGGCUUACCCCUGGAAGCCUCUGCCCCACCUUGCGCUAGCAAUUAUGAGGACUCUGGCCUUAGAAACAAGAGCCACGUAGCCCAUCAGGGGCCUUGAGAGCCCUCUGCACUCUUGACUCUCAUUCUGUGUGGCUCUUGAGCUUGGAGAGUAUCGUCCUUGUCAUCCAAGAGAGAGCAGACAACGCUAACUUUCAUUAUGUGCCAACUAGCUCUAAAGUGCCACCCUUUGAAGCCGUGUUUUCAGAUAACCCAAGAAGCUUCAACUCAUCGGAGCCUCUGCUACUACUACUACGAGAAAGGGGGGAUAUUAACGUUAACUGCAAGGCCCAGCUUUCGGUUGCAUAAACAUAUAUGCAUGGUCAUUGUUGUGUCGUGCCCUUCCCUGUGCGCUUCUUCUCAAUUGUGUAUGCUCCGCUUAAAUGUAAGGUCCGGUUUCACUGCCUGAGUAUUUCAUGUUUGGGGUUUUCCUUGCCAAGCUGCUGGUUGCUGUGGAAUGGGACACUUGAAAUCCCCUAUGGAUGGCAGAGGUUUGAGGUGGCUUGGGAAAGAACCAUUUAUUCAAAACAAAAAGGAUAAAACAUCUUUGAAUGAAGACACCAGGGAACAUUCCCAAGUUGCAUUACUGCUGUAACAUAGUCUGCACCAGCCCUUGAAUAUGCAGUAAUUACAGUAUCAUUGGCAGGGCAAUGGAAAGAUGCCAGUCACACUGUCUGGUUUGUGAGUAAGAUGGGAAGUUAACUAACUGCAGAGGAAGAGAAUGAAGUGCACAAGGAGGAGGAUUUAUAUUUUUUUCAGACCCAAAGCCAAGGACGGUACUGGCCCUUUAAAAUUCUUUCUGUGCUACAGAAAGGAAACACCGGGUUCUACAGGAACUUCUUGUUGUUCAGUGGAAUUCAGGUGGAAUUUUACAGGGCCAGUCUUGUGUGAGAGAGACGUUAAAAGGCCUUUACAGUGAGAAGUCACCAGUAGAUGGAAAUACAAAGGUCUGAAAUGCCCUUUACUAACAACUCCAACCAGAAGGCUUGACUUUGUACCCCCAUCUGAUUCUAGGCAGUGUCUGCAUUUCAAGGGUUCAUUACCCUCGUUCCUUUAACAGAAUUCUUGUAUGCUAGUCCGUUAAAAACCCAAAGCUGCACUGCUGCAUUCCGUACACCUUGUGCAUGAAACGUGUGUUGUUACAAUAUACACAUAAGAAUUGAAUUCAGAUGUACAUUAAUAAUUUACAAUAUAUUCCGCUGGGGCUGCUGAAGCAGCAGUGCUGUCUAAAAUACACGGUGUCUAUUUCCAUAGAAAUAGGUCUAUCAGAGCAGCAGCAAAGGAAUAUAGAAGAGAUGGGUCUGGAUCCAAGACCUUUAACUUUGGGGGAGUGGUUCAGCAUCCAGUCCUGGAUCCAAACUUUGCAGUAAAAUCUCUAACGAAAGAAACCAGAGCCCCAGAUCAAAACACUCCAGGCUUUGGGGUGUCAGAGAAGGAUCCAAAUCUGACGACUAUGACCUGAGACCCCCAUCUUUAAAGUGAAGUUCUUGUCCCUGCUCUGCCUUCCCCCACCCCUCUGGUAAAUAAUGCUGACGUCUUAGUAGCGUAAUGUUGAAAUUGUGCAUCAAACUUUUUUUUUUUUAAUGAGGCUUAUGUUAGCAGGUCUGAAUUGUGAACUGUAAUGAUUCUGUGGGUGCUUUGGACUUCACUCAUCUGCUACUGGUAUGUCGCGUGUCAUGGCUGCAUGGAUUUCAUGGCUGUAGUGGGGGCCAGAACUCAGGACCGUCUGUGGCAAAUACAGAGGCCUCUUCCACUUGAGCUAAAAGGAUAUUGGGGUGUCUAAUCCUCGCGGUAGACCAGCCACUAGAGGAGUGACUGGCUUACAGACACUGGAACAGGGCUGCCAUUCCAUCUAGCUUAGCACUGUUGCAUUCACACUACUCUUGCUACUACAAGAAGUGAAGAACUCUUCUACUGUCUCAGGAAAGACAAUGUGUUCCAUGGGAGAACAAUGACUGAGCUUUACUGUGUACCAUCAAGGCUGUUUGCACUGCAAUAUUAUCCAUGUGGAACUGAAAUUUUCUUUAGACAUUUCAGCUUUCUUUUCCUUUUUCAAAAAGGGUCCAAAUGAAUUUUUUUCAAGCAGAUCCCAAGGGAAAGCUUUUUGCUUUCUCUCACUCCUUUCAAGGCAAGAAACCGCUCUGAGUUUUUACUGCUCUACCAGCAUGUAUAGCUGAGGGCAGAACCUAGCCUGUGUAGUUGUAUGGUCUUAAAGGAGCAUAGCUGAAAUCUUAAUAAACUGUGACUGUCAGUUUCAAGCAUAUUGAGCUACAGACCUGGGACUGCCUGACCCUGCAACUCCACAGUUCCUGUUAGUUUUCCAAUUGCUUCUGUU